CAGCGGCUACACUACGCGCCUUUUAGUGGCACGGCUGUAAUGACGUAGCUGUGUCGCUAAAAGGUGCGUAGCGUAGUCAAAGCCUAAUACAGUUUUUCCUCAGGCUGCUUUACGAGGCAUGUGUCUUGAAAGUCCUCCGAACUGCUUUCAUAUCUUUCUAGUUCAAAAGUUGGCACUGAGAUGUGCUUUUUGGGAUUACCUUCCUUCACAUCUGGUCCAUCUCUGAUCCUCUCUAAUCCCAUAUAAAUCACACAGGCUUUGGCUUCAGGGAUUGUUGGUUUAUGAUUGUCCUUCCCAGAGACACUUUCAUAGGAACGUAGGAUUUUUGCCAGUGCUAGAUUAGACUAUUGGUCCAUUGAGUCCAAUGUCCUGCCUGUAGCAGUGACUGCUGCCUGAUGCUUCAAAUCCUCUCCCCAUUGGAGUGGGAUGUAUGAAAAAGGAGUUACAAUCCUAAAAGCCCAGUGUUGAGGAUAUCCCAAUAAGGAUCCAAGUGGCCGAGGUAACAGGAAGCGGUGCUGUGGAGAAACUAGCCAUUGACUCACUGGCUGUAGGCAGUGUCAAAGAGGUGGGUUUUGAAAGGGAAAAUAGGUGAGAUGGGAUGGAGUAUUCCCAUCAUCUGGUGCAGCAGGAGCAAAGAGUUCACCUCUGACAGAGAGGAGCUUAAAGGAGCAAGUUGGGUGCAGGAACAGAUGAGAUCUGUGCUAGAUAGAUGGAGGGCUUUGAACGUGGAGUGGUGUGUGUAUAUAUAGUGAAGUUGAAAGGACGGGUUUAAAACUCACCUGGAUUUUAAAAUAAUCCAUUAGAGAAACCUGUAGUACCUCCCCCAAGACAACUGUUUUUGGGUGCGGGGGGAUGGUUUUGAACUAGGAUCUGUACUUAAAUAUGGGUGAUGUGGUCACAUGCCUUGCUCAGACACUGUUCCUCCUUGCCAUGCAUGUGCAGGCUCCAUGAGAGGAGGGGGAGAGAUCCUGCUGCCUGCCUGCUCCUCUCUGGAGCUCCAAAGUGACAUUGAAACCAAGAAGGGAGCAUCUCAGGCAGAACGGAGUACUGAGAGCAAGAUUGCUAACAAACAGCCGUGACUAAUACGAACACAAUCCGUUUAAAUAUUAAUAGCACUGUCUGCGGUUUAGGGUUCAGGCGGUGUAUUUUAUUUACAUGGACCAAUUCCAGACCCCCAGCUACCUUUAAAAAAAACAAAAAACCUUACGCUUACCCCUCCAUUUUAAAUACAUGGCAAAAACGUACCAAAAGCAGUGCUCGGAGUAGAGCGCUUUGCCCCCAGAAAUGAAUGGACGAGCUCUCCAUCCCAUCAGAUGUCCUGCCUUUUCACACGCCUAUGGCUGCCUCCGGGAAGUGAGCUCUUGUAUCACUGCAAUAGAAAGGUUGAAGCUUCCAGAGAGCUCUUUAACGGGAGUCUUACUUUUGUGUGUGUUUUUCAGUGGAUAUCUGAACAGUACAGUUUUUCUUAAGGAGAACACUGAGCUUUCUUUAAACUUACGUAUAUCAGUGUAAUUUGAACGUUAAACUCAGAACAUGGUAGUGUAGUGUAACUUCUAGGUCCCUACACGUGUGGUGGGUAUUCACUGGAUUAGUCGGAUUGAGGUGACUUAAUCAUUUUUUUAUACUUCCCUUGCUCAGCAAGAAAUAGAGUAAUUCCUGAGGAUUGUACGUCCUGCUUCUGUGAUAGAUGCCUGUAGCCAGACCACUGCAGGCUAAGCUUUUGUCAGAUCUGCCAAACGCAGCAGGAUUAGGCCUGGUAAAUCCUGGGAUGGGAGAGCACAAAGGAAAAUGCAAGGUGCUUCAGGGAAUAGCAUUGGUGAUUCAGUACAGCGUGCUCUUAUAUCUGAGUUGGUAUUCAACCACUUCCCCAGGGGAGGGCUGGCUGUCUCCAAGAGCUGUCUUUAGAUGGGAUUUGAGACAGAGGCCCUGAUAACUUGUGAUCAUUAUUUUUAAAAAACAAACUCCGUAGUUCCUUUGCGUGCAGUUUUUAUCUUCACUUCCUGUCAUAGUUGUGAUAGUAAGUUGUGCACCAGCUGCCAUACAUAUUUCACCUAGAGGUGGCUACAUUUCAGUGAUUCUUAUAUAAGUAGGGCUUGUAAAGUGCUUUGGCUGAGAGGUGCUUUCUUCCCUUCUCUCUUCCUUCUCCCUGACCACUGUUUGUGUGCGAUAGUCAUUGUACUAGUCAUACGUGGCUUACUUGGGAGAGAAAUAUAGCCACUGUUUCUGUUGUGGCAACAGAAAAUAAAUGCUGACAUGCUGACCAUCAUAAAGCACUUCUUUGAGCUCUGUGACUUUCAUGAUGCUGGAGUGCAGGCCAGGGAAGGAAACGGAGCUAUGGGAAUCCCCACUCCCAUAGAACAUGGCCAGGUGGAAAACCAAUGUCUGUAAAACUCAGAUAAUUGGGGAAAGAACCUGUUUCCCACCAUCUAAAUGUUUUAAAAGCAAUGGAAAGGUGGGGAGCUGCAUUUUAUAUGGCUGUCCAGUGAAGUUUGUAGUGGGAUAAAGUCGUCUCCAGGCCUCUUAGAAUCCGGCCGAGGUUGUGGAGACAAUAAAUCGUUCCUGUCUGAUGACCAGGUGUCUCUGUGUAAGCCAUGCACUUGUGCAGGCAUCCCAGGGAGCUGCCAGCUGGGAGGGUAGAAGGUAGCACUCCAGGGCUCUAGCUAGCUCUGCUAUUAUAUGGCUCUCCUCACCGUAGUAGUUGAGCCCCUCACAGUCUCUUAUGUAUUUGUCCUUGCAACAGCUCUUAGGCCGGGAAGCGCUGUCAUCCCCAUUCUCCAGGGGGGAGCAGAGAACACAGACUGUGACUUAUCCUCCUAGGCCAAUCAGGGAGUAUUUGGCAGAGCAGGAAUUGAACCCAAGUCUCUGGAGUCAGAGUCCAAGGCCACCACCUUAACCAUAAGGCUCCCCUUUUCCUGGACUGCUUUCAGUGCUGUUGACUAGCAGGAGGGGGAUGCUCUAGGGCGUCCCCUUCCCCAGUUGCUUCCUAUGCCAUGGCAGUACUCAAGGGCACCUCUUCUCACAGCUGCGGGCAGUGGGGGAAGGGACUCAAAUAGUCUCCUUCCAGUCUGUCUGCAUCACCCAAUGAAAGGGAUGAGGGCAUGGGAUGGAAAGGGGGUGAUAAGGAGAAGUGGAAGGAAGGUGAGUGAAUGAAGGGGAGAUGGUCAAAUGUGAAGAGAAGAGACUGCUAUUGUGGGUCUGAAACAUGAGCUCAGGCAGCCAUUGGUUCUGCACACAGACAGGGGGACAUGAAACGGACAAAUCAGUACUGCAUCUGUGAGAAACUUGUACCGCCUCAGCCCAUCAGGCUUCUGGGAGGGAGCUAACAGAAUACUGGCGCAAGGAAAAUCAAUACAUGAUAUCUGAACUUUCAAAAAGCCUUUGACAAAGUCCCUCUCUGGAGGCUGCUAAGGAAACGAAGUAGUCUCGGGUGAAAGCUAAAGUCACAUCAUGGAUUUUAUGCUGGUGAGAGAGGAAAGCAAAGCAGAAAUAAACGGUCAAUUUUCAGCAUCAAAGGAGGUUAAUAGUGAGGUGCCCCAGGAUCUGUACUAGGAACAGUGUUAAUCAAUACGCUUAUUAAGGAUCUGAAAGAGGUGAACAGUGAGGUAGCAAAAUUUGCUGGUGAUACAAAUGUUGAAGAUAAUAAAGACUAGAGAGAUUGCCUAACUUUGCUACAUCCUUCAGAAGCUCUUCACAAUCAGGUAACAAAAUUCAGUGAAGACAAAUGCUUUGUAAUGCACUUAAAAGAGCAACUUGAACUACUCAGAGAAGCCACCAGCGUAUAAAUUAACUGGAACCACUCGGUGGAUGGUGGAAAGGGAAUGAAUCUGGCCACUGGGCUUAUACCAUAAAGUCUCUACGUAGUCAUAGGAAUUGCCAAUCUGGAAUAAGGUGAUGGUCUCAGUCCUGUUCCUAGGGGUCAGGUGACCAUGUCGUAUUGUAAGAUCUUUGGGACAGGAACUGUAUCGUUUUUGUAUUGUACAGUGCUGAGUACACUGGUGCUUAAUAAUGAAUAGUGCCUAGCUCUUACAUGGUGCUUUUCAUCCAUAGAUCUCAGAGCACUUUGAUACUGAUCUCCUUUGUAAUGCUUUUGAAAGUGCUUAAUGAAAAGCACUGUAAGAGCUAGGUAGUGGUACUGAUACGCCAAAGGAGGUUGGCAUCAUUAUCCCCAUUUUAUAGAUGGGGAAACUGAGGCACGGAGCAGGGUGAUGAUUUCCCCAAGGUCACCCAGCAGGCCAGAGCUGGAACUAGAACCCAGGUCUCUGGAGUCCCAGUCUAGUGCGUUAGCCACUAUGCCAUGCUGCCUUCCCUUUUAUUAAAGGAUUUUAAUAAUAAAAAACCACUCAGCAGUUGGUACCAAUUGGACCUCUCGAUGGCAGUCUCAGCAGAGGCCCAGGAUUCACCAGGCUGGUUGUUCCUGCUUCCCCCUGGCCUUUUUCCAUGUGGGUCAGUCAGCAGAGCAGUUGCCCUGGUUAUACCUGUUUGCAGAAAAAUGGAGGACUUAAAUCUCUAGAGCUGUCAGAAUCUCCCAGCGGGUGGAGGCCAGCCGGAUGCAGCUGCAGGCAAUUGGAGAGAGAGUCUCACUGGCUCAGGCUAAGAUUGAGAAGAUAAAGGGCAGCAAGAAGGCGAUUAAGGUGUUUUCCAGUGCCAAAUACCCUGCCCCAGAGCGGCUGCAGGAGUACAGCUCCAUUUUCGCUGGUGCAGAGGAUCCAGCCACACAGAAACGGCCGAGGCACAAGAUUCAGAGCAAACACAGACCGCUGGAUGAGAAAUCCAUGCAGGAGAAGCUCAAGUACUUCCCAGUGUGUGUGAGUACAAAAGUUCACCAGGAGGAUGAUGCGGAAGAAGGUCUUGGCAGCCUCCCCAGGAACAUCAGCUCCCUUAGCUCCCUGCUGCUGUUCAACACCACCGAGAACCUGUACAAGAAGUAUGUCUUCCUGGAUCCUCUGGCAGGAGCGGUGACCAAGACCCAUGUGACUCUGGGAACAGAGACUGAGGAGAAGCUCUUUGAUGCACCCCUCUCUAUCACCAAAAGGGGGCAGCUGGAUCGGCAGGUAGCUGAAAAUUACUUCUACGUACCAGAUCUGGGCCAGGUGCCUGAGAUAGAUGUGCCGUCCUACCUGCCAGACCUGCCGGGCAUCGCUGCUGAUCUCAUGUACAGCGCAGACCUGGGGCCUGGCAUUGCACCCUCGGCACCCAGCAGCGCUAUCCCAGAGCUACCCACCUUCAACACUGAGUCCGUGGAGAACUUCAGGCCAGGUCUUCAGGAUGGUGUGCUAGUGCCCCCGCCCCCACCUCCCCCUCCUCCACCCCCUAUGAUGCCAACCAGUGCUCCCCCACCCCCUCCUCUGCCCCAGCCUGCCUCCCUUUCCAAACAGCCAGCAAGCGAGGAGAGCAGCAGUGCAAUGUCUGCAGCUCCAGUCCAGGGGGCUCCAAAGGAAGUUGUGAACCCUUCAACUGGCCGGGCCACUCUCCUGGAGUCCAUCCGCCAGGCUGGCGGCAUUGGGAAGGCCAACCUCCGAAGCGUUAAGGAGAGAAAGCUGGAGAAGAAGAAGCAGAAGGAGCAAGAACAAGUGAUAACCACAGCACAGGGUGGAGACUUGAUGUCCGACCUCUUCAACAAACUGCUCCUGAGGCGUAAAGGCAUUUCAGGCAAGGGGCCUGCAGCUGCAGGAAGUGCUGAUGCUCCCAGUGCACCUGGUGGUGCCUUUGCCCGCAUGUCGGACACAAUCCCACCCCUGCCACCCCCACAACAACCCCUGGGGGACGAGGAGGAAGAUGACUGGGAAUCGUAAAUGCUAUCGGGCUGCAGGCCUGGGAUCGGUUUCCUCUUGGCCAACUGGGAACCCAGCCCUGCUGAGCUAAGCACCUCAGAAAUGGACCAGCUCUUGGAAAUAACUGUUAGUGAGAGGGCACAGGCCUGGCAGAUGGACCCUGUCACUUUCUCUUAGCUCCUGCUGUUCCCACUCAUCUCUAACCACUGUUGAGUAUAGUUAUCAAUGACUCUUACUUCUGCUCUGUUUACUUCCCCUCCCCCCCAAAUAGUGCAUUUAAUUUCAAAUACUGCUGCUCAUGCUCACUCGAUAAAUCCUGCUGUAGCUGGAGGGCAGCUCAUGGAAGAUCUGAUCAAGCACAACUGCAAGGGCAGCUCUAAGAGCCUUCUCCUCCUUAGCCAGCUGCAUGUCAAGCCUUGGUUGGAUGCUCCUGUGAUAGGACUGAAGGUGCACAGCAGGUCUGCUGGUGGUUCCAGGGCUGCCUGGCAGCCUCCCUCAUGUGAAAUCAGCUGUAGGAGAGCCAUGGAAACUCUGCUGUUGAGUAUGAAUGGCUUCUACAGUGUAAGUCAAUAAAGGAACAAGUACCCAGCAGCUUUCUCUAGCCCACUCCAAUCUACACAGUGGAGUGUUCUUGAGUAACGGACUCUAGGAGGAGAGGCCAAGCUGUCCACCAUUAGUGUCUCUGGGAACAGCACGCACGUUGCAAAGCUCUGUUCUGUGUAUGUGAAAACAAGGCAGAAGCCCUAAAACUGCUGUACAUGUAGGUGCACUACAGACUUUGAAAGCCUCUACCUACAACUUCUGCUCUGUCAAAGAGGUGAUGGGCAGAACUGUGCAACUACAGUACAGUCAAUUCCUAGUUUGCUUAAGGAGAUGUUUCUUCACUGUAGGGGGAAAGUAGAGGUCUUUGAACUCCUAUGUGCACAGUUUAGAUGUGCCAGACUUUUCAGGGACUGAUACAAUUCAGCUGCAGCAGAAUAGAGAUUUUAUCCAGGUA